AUGAGAUUCUCUCAUUUUUUAAAAUAUAAUGCAGUUCCGGAAUGGCAAAAUCACUACAUUGACUAUGUGGCAUUAAAAAAUCUUAUCUAUACUUUACAAUCAGAUGAAUUAAAUCAUUCUGUUGAUAAUACAUCAACCCUCAAUGAACUAAAUGGGCUUGAGGAGACUCCUAAAGGAACAGAAAUAACCAAAGCAGCUUCAGUGAAGGACUUAACUUCUAAGAUCAAGAGUACAUUUUUCAAAUCUAAAAAUAAAGCAUACUCUUCAGAAAAAAUUGAUAAAACUACAGAGGUGGAAGAAACUAUUGAGCUGGAUGAUAUCUCUUUCAAUAUAAACAAAUUAGAUAAUCCAGUGAAAAAUAUCUUUUCCGCUAAGUUAAAGUCAAAGAUAAAUGAUAGUUCUGUAUCUUCUCAGUCAAAUGAACUAAAUACGAGUAAUAACUCUUAUGAUGUAUUCUUAAUAAACUUAAUAGAUGAGAGAAUGAAAAUUGAUGAUUUCUAUAAAAGAAUGGAAGCUAAAUUCUAUGAAAAGUUUGACUCCCUGUUGAGUGAUUUAGAAGCAGAAAAUAUAAUUUCUUUUGAACAGAUUGCCUCUCAGCUUGACUCUAAUACAUCAGAUAUAGAAACUAUUAAACUAAAAUUAUUGAAUAAUAAUAAUAAGCGAAGAUCAACCAACUCUUUUAACAUUAAAUUAUCUCAUGAGGAUAAUGAACUUCGAAAUCGAUUUGAUUUGUCAGAAGAAGACUUUGAUGAGGAUGAAGAAGUGGAAUAUGAAAUUGAUGGUAUCCAGGAGAAUAGUGCUUUGUUAACCUAUUCUCAAGUAAAUAUAAAAUCACAGAAAAAAUCCAUUUUAAAACAAUCUAUUAUUUAUCUUUAUAUUGAUCUUUGUCAAUUGAAAUCAUUUAUUGAAUUGAACAGUAUUGGUUUCAGUAAGAUCACAAAAAAGUUUGAUAAGGUAUUACAUAUGUCUACAAGAUCUGAACUGAUAGAUACUGGGAUAUUUUUCAAAGAUAUAUAUACAUUUAAGAUAUCUACUCUUAACGCUUUGAAUCAACGAAUCCAGCUUUUAGUGGAAUUCUACGCACUGAUAACUGACCAAUCUGAUAAUUUAGAUAAUUGCAAAAAAGAAUUAAAAUCAUUUUUACAUGAUCAUAUUGUAUGGGAAAGGAGUAAAACUUGGAAAGAUAUGUUGGGUUUAGUUUCAGCAAAUGAACAGAUUAGACCUGAUCUGGAUAUAAUUGAAAAAGAGAAUAAUGAGAAACGGGAGAAAUUAAAUCUUGAUUUUUAUUUAUGGGAACUUUCAAAGCCAAUAGAAUGGAAAUUUAUUCAUAUUUCGCGUGUUGGUGUACCUAAAUUUCUUUUCACUAAGAAAGCUGCUAAGCUUGCAUUUAUUAUUACAUUUACUGGUAUAUUAUUAGGAGUGAAAACAUUUAAUGAUAGAAUCGAGGGUCGUUGUAUGGCCUUAGUUGAAUGUGUUGCUUUCUUAUGGGCAUCAGAGGCUAUACCAUUGCAUAUUACAGCCUUUUUAGUUCCAUUAUUAACUGUCUUAUUUAAGGUGUUAAAAGAUAAAGAUGGAAAGACGAUGGGUGCAGCAGCUGCUUCAUCUGAAAUAUUCGCAUCAAUGUGGUCUUCUACAAUUAUGAUCUUAUUGGCAGGUUUUACUUUAGGGGAAGCUUUAUCUCAGUAUGAUAUUGCAAGAAUCAUAGCCUCUUGGCUAUUGUCAGCUGCAGGUACAAAACCAAGAAAUGUUAUCCUAAUGGCAAUGGCUGUUGUGUUUUUCUUAUCUAUGUGGAUAUCUAAUGUCGCUUCCCCUGUGUUAACAUACUCGUUAUUAACACCAUUGCUCGAUCCAUUGGAUAGCGAUACCCCAUUCGCAAAGGCAUUGGUCAUGGGUGUCGCAUUGGCUGCAGAUAUUGGGGGAAUGGCAUCGCCAAUAUCCUCUCCACAAAAUAUUAUUUCUAUGAAUUAUUUGAAGCCAUAUGGCAUUGGUUGGGGUCAGUUUUUUGCUGUUGCACUACCCUGUGGUAUUUUGGCUACAUUGUGUUCAUGGGGGCUAAUGUGCACAACGUUUAAAAUUAACACUACCAAGUUAGAAAAGUUUACUCCAAUCAGAACAAAAUUAACUAUAAAACAAUGGUAUGUUAUUGUUGUUUCUAUAGGUACUAUUUUGUUAUGGUGUGUAGAGUCUAAAAUAGAAGCAGCAUUUGGCUCGUCAGGUCAGAUUGCAAUUUUACCAAUUGUCUUAUUUUUUGGAACAGGAAUAUUGACAACAAAGGACAUUAAUAAUUUCCCAUGGCAGAUUGUCAUUUUGGCUAUGGGAGGUAUAGCAUUGGGUGAUGCGGUUUCAUCUUCAGGAUUAUUAACAACUAUUGCAAGAGCACUACAAAGAAGAAUUGAGCAUGAUGAAUUGCUAGCAAUUUUAUGUAUUUUUGGAAUUUUGAUGUUAGUUGUAGGAACAUUUGUUUCGCACACUGUUUCCGCCAUUAUUAUAGUCCCAUUAGUCCAAGAAGUGGGAGAAAAUCUUGAUAGUCCAAAAGCUGCACCUGUACUUGUUUUUGGCUGUGCAUUAUUAGCAUCAUGUGGUAUGGGUCUAGCAUCAUCAGGUUUUCCUAAUGUCACUGCAAUUUCUUUAACUGAUAAAAAAGGAAAUAGAUACUUGGAUGUGCUAACAUUUUUAACUAGAGGUGUUCCUGCGUCAUUAUUUGCGUUCGUUUGUAUUAUAACUAUGGGAUAUGGUAUAAUGAUUUCUAUUGUUAAAGAUACGCCAUCAACUGUCUCAAGUGGUCCUUAA